CCCUCUUCUUCAACCUCUUCCAAACACUCCUUCGUCAACGUUGCUGCUACUACUACUACUACCACCUCUCUAUCGACCUCUGCCAGCCUCGCCUUCAUCCAUCUCAACCUUUUACGUCACCUGACCUGACCAUCUCCCACCUGGAAUACCACCCCCCGGCUUGCAUCCAUCUAAUACGUUCAUCUUCCUUUUCUGAGCCCGUUUUUCCAAAGGAAGGACUAUUGUGCAUCACUUCCAUUUGGACAAGGCCCGCUUUUAAUCUCCGGAUCCCUCUAACAUCGUCCUUGAGGCCUUCAGUGGACCAUCGAGGACUCCAUCUUACCUCCAUCUCUCACAGCAUGUACCCGACGCCGCCAGCAUCUCCUCUCCAAAAUGGAUUCUGCGCCCCGGAAGACCGACUAGGCCAAGUUCUGGCUGGAAGACUACAGCUGACUGGCAUCCUCGGCGUAGGCGCCUAUGGAGUAGUAUACACCGCCGUAGACAUUCAGACGAAUAUCCCCUAUGCCGUAAAAGCGCUCAACAAGCUUGGCCUUGAGCCUCGCCAACGCAAGUUCCAGCAACGGGAGAUCCAGCUUCACCACCAGGCCAGCGCUCACCCCAACGUUGCCUCGCUGGUCAAGAUCAUGGAUGCCCCAGACUGCACUUACGUCGUCAUCGAAUACUGCCCAGAAGGUGAUCUUUUCUCAAACAUCACUGAGCAGGGCAAGUACGUUGGUAAUGAUGCUCUUGCCAAACAGGCCUUCCUCCAGAUCCUGGAUGCCGUCGAGUACUGCCAUUCCAUUGGAAUCUACCACAGGGACCUGAAGCCGGAGAACGUCUUGGUCACCGACCAGGGCAUGACUUGCAAGCUUGCCGACUUUGGACUCGCCACUACUGACCACGUCACCUCUGACUUUGGAUGCGGCUCGACUUUCUACAUGUCACCAGAAUGUCAAACUGCUGCGCCCAAGGCCUACUCCUGCUACGCCUCGGCACCCAACGAUGUCUGGAGCCUGGGUGUCAUCCUGGUCAACCUCACAUGUGGACGCAACCCAUGGAAGCGGGCUUCCUUCGAGGAUAGCACCUUCCGCGCCUUCAUGAAGGAUCCCAAGUUCCUCAGGACUAUUCUGCCCAUCUCCCUCGAGUUGGAUGCUAUUCUCAGGCGGAUCUUUGAAUUCAACCCAUCCAAGAGAGCCACGAUCCCCGAGAUUCGUGACAUGAUUCUCCGAUGCUCUGCCUUCACGGCAACCAAGUCCGCGGUCUCGACACCUCUACCUUCCCCUCCCUUCAGCCCAGUGGACUACACCCGAGAUGCGGUCUACAAUGCCUGCUACCAGGCUCCUGCUGUUCCCUCCGUCGCUCCCCUUCCAGGCCCAGCGUACUCUCCACCGGUCUUCCAUCACUCCAUCUCCUCCGGAAGUUCCAACUCCGACAACGAUUCUGUCUUCUCUUCUUGUUCAUCGGUAUCAUCCGCUUCUUCAACAUCUUCAUACCAAAACGUUUCCCACGCCCCGGUCCACAAGUUCUCUUCCCGGGUACCCCAACAACAAACAUACUUUUCUCCCCCACCCCCGGCAAAUACGUGGUUCCAGCCCUUUAUCCAGGCGGCCAACCUAGUCAAGCAUGUGUCCUUCCAGCCGUCGAUGAUGGCAACCCCGGUCCAUGUUUACUAGACCAAUCUUCCCUACUACCAUUCCACGGAUUACUUCUAUUCCUUCAGAUACGCUUUCUACGAUGUGUUCAUAUUAUUCUUAAAGUUUCGAAAAGUCACGAUGAUAUGAUAGCGGUGUUUCUCGCUCGGUUUUGGUGUUGUCUUGGAUUAUUUGGCGUUUCAAAAUAGAUCAACCGGACCAAGCGGCCUCGGACCUAGAAUUAUGGCCACGAUGCUGGCUUACUUAGUUUAACUUGGGAGGAGGAAGCCUAGAUGGCUGCGUGUUUUUUUUUAUCGUUCUAGUGUGGAUACUUCAUUUGGUUCUCAAAUCAGUAUAUCAGGGGGGACAUUGGGCAUCUACACGGAGUUGUUUGUUUUAGACCAUGGC